AGUACAAAGGUCAAGCCAGACCGAUCAGCAAAAUAAGCCCUUCAGUCGCUUGCAGCUUUGUAACCUGGCUGUGUACCCCUUUACAACAAAGGAGUUGUGGAGGACUUUAGACUGCUUUGAAUUCGAAACUUUGUACAAACAAAGGGGCUGUUUCAACCAAACGACCUUGUGUUAAGGAGAGUGUUUGCUUUCAGUCACAGGGCACAUUCCUGUUGCUGGCUUCUCUUCCAUUCCCAUCUGCUGCUGCCCUGUACCCUUGCUCUGCCAAUCACAAUGCCAGCACUUCAUUCUUUGAAGGAUCCCAAGCCGGUGCUGCUCGGGUCCGCGAUCCUGCUGGCUGGUGGCUGCACCUUCUACCAUCUGUGGAGGCGCCUCGUGACCUCGGAGGGACGGGCAGACACACGGGAGAACGUGUAUGAAACGCAGCGAGCUCUAAAUGAGUACCUCCUCUUCCACUUCGGCUCAUCACAGGAACUGUCGCUGUAUAUCAACGACACAGUCGCUCUCCAGAAUUUCCCACAAAGAUGUGCCCAGGAAUGUCUCAAAUACUUUACCCAACAGAGUGGAGUUCCCAACAGAGCUCUGGACAUUGGUUGUGCCGUGGGGAGGGCCUCGUUUGAGAUGGCACGGGUAUUUCAAGAGGUGGUGGGCAUCGACUACAGCCUUUCAUUUGUGAGUGCUUGCAAUCAGCUCAAAGAGAAAGGACAGCUCCCUUACUGUGCUCUGACUGAAGGAGAACUGGGCACACAGCACAUGGCUGUUGUACCAACGGACAUUGAUCGGACUCGGUGCUUCUUCAGGCAGGGCGAUGCAUGCAAUCUAUCGUCAGAUCUGGGAUCCUUCGGCUGUGUCCUGGCAGCCAACCUGAUCUGUCGUCUCCCCGACCCCUUUGCGUUCUUCCACAGACUCCCAGAGCUCGUGGCCCCUGGAGGAAUCCUUGUCAUUACAUCACCGUACACCUGGCUUGAGGAAUUCACCCCAAAGUCACGGUGGUUGGGUGGGUACAAGGAUGUCUCUGGCAAUGAGGUGCGAGGCUUUGAUACGAUGAAGCGAGUCUUUUCUCCACACUUCGAGCUGCUUGCGGAGAAGAACGAGCCUAUUGUGAUCCGGGAGACAGCACGCAAGCACCAGUGGACAAUGGCUCACAUGACUAUAUGGAGAAGGGGAACUUUCUAGACUUCAGCAGCCUUCAUUGUCCAUGUCGGUGAAAUAGCUUGGCUUGGCAAACUGGUUAGGAUAUGUAAAAUAAUUUGUUGUUAAAUUUUAAUAAAGCAAAAAUUGGCAUAAAAGUGGUAUCUGUGCAGACCAGUAAAAUAGGAGGAUACAGGCAAUCCAGUAACCAGCCAGGAACUAUUGAGAGAAGGACCCUGGGGCUCACCUCAGCCAUCUGUAAGCAAUUUCUGAUCCAGUCCCUCAACAUCCAAUUUUCCUCUUUAUUCCCUUGGCACCUCUCAUUAAUGUCGACCGGCGUUAUGGAGGAACCAGUGCUGAUGCUCCUGAAUGAUAUCCUGCAGAGAUGCAUUAUAUGUGGAGCAGUAGGACCCAUUUACCUGAAAUGACUUUGUUUCCUCUUUGAAGAGAACAUUCUACACUUAGAGUAGGCUAUCCACUAUUGAUAUUUCAGGUAGGUUUUGCUGCAAUUUGAAUGACUGUAUUCAGAAAUCUGUUACUACGCCACUGAUAUAAUUCCUCUUUUGAGCAUCAUGGUAAAACUAGGGAUCAAAUCAAUAAAUGUUUCACUCAGCCUU